UAAAACGUGCAAUCUAAAAAAUACCUCAGCGACGGUAUAAUCCGAGAAACAGCCAGAAUGGUCGCCGACGCCCUCAUUUACCACCCGAGCGUGUCGCAUUACUUGAAGUUCAUUGCGACGACCGUCGGACGCGACAAGCUCCUCCGCACGCUGCAAUACUUCUCCCGCUUCUACGCAUGGUACCUCUACCGCAUGAACAGCCCGCAAACCGCCAUCACACCCUUUGAAGCGACGAAGAAGCAGUUCGGCGCGGCGCGCAAACUGCUCCGCGUGGGCAAAUUCGUCGAGCACUUCAAGGCGGCGGCGGUCGCGAGCGAUGCCAAGGGUGUCGACCCCGUGCUGAAGUUCCUGACCGUAGGGAGACAGUUGGGAUACGCCAUGUACAUGGUGAUGGACAACGCCUGCGUGCUCGACUCUACCUCGAUCCGCAAGUUCUCCACCGCGCCCCGUCUCUCCCGCGAAGCUACGCGUGCCUGGUUCACCGGCCUGUCCUUCAGCAUCGCCUCGUCGCUGUACUCGCUGUACAACCUGCAGACGCGCGCUCAGACCAUCACCUCGUCGGGCGACCCCGAGAAGGUCGUCGAGAAGAAGAAGGUCGACAAGGAGAUGGAUGCGCUGAAGGUACAGCUCGUUAGCGAUGUUUGCGACAUCAUGAUUCCGAGCACGGCUCUGGGAUGGAUUGGCUUGGACGAGGGGUUCGUGGGGCUCGCGGGUACGACGAGUAGUUUGAUCGGUGUUUGGAGCCAGUGGAAGAAGACGGCUUAAGUGGGGUGGUGUGUGCAAGGGGGCAGGGAAGGUGGUGGAGUGUGCUGUGUGGAGUGGUUGUGUUAAGUUUUUUUGUAUCUGGCUC